AUGGCAUCCUUCGAGGGCGGCACCUCCACCGACGGCGGCCCGGUCCUGGGCAUCGACCUCGGCACGACCUUCUCCUGCGUCGCCGUCUUCGACGACGAGGCCAAGGAGGUCAAGGUCCUCGCCAACGCCGAGGGCGCGCGCACGACGCCGUCCUACGUGUCCUUCACGGACGAGGGCCGCGUCGUCGGCGCCGCGGCCAAGGCGCAGUCCGCCGCGAACGCCAAGGGCACGCUCUUCGACGUGAAGCGCAUCCUCGGCCGCACCUACGAGGACCACGUCGUCCAGGACGAGUCGAAGCGCCUGCCCUUCCCCAUCCUCGAGCACCCCAAGGGCAAGCGCCCGCUCGUCGAGGUCACGUGGCGCGGCGAGAAGAAGCGCUUCGCGCCCGAGGAGGUGAGCGCCAUGGUCCUCGGCGAGAUGGUCGCCAUCGCGAAGAAGCGCCUCGGCCGCGACGACCUCAACCGCGCGGUCAUCACGGUCCCCGCGCACUUCAACGACCAGCAGCGCCAGGCGACCAAGGACGCGGGGCGCAUCGCGGGCCUCGAGGUCAUGCGCAUCAUCAACGAGCCCACGGCGGCGGCGCUGGCCUACGGCCUCCACGACCUCGCUUCCGACGAGAACAACCCGAAGCAGUCGCGCGUGCUCAUCUUCGACCUCGGCGGCGGCACGUUCGACGUGUCCGUGCUGUCCAUGGAGGACGGCGUCUUCGCGGUGCAGGCCACGGGCGGCGACACGCACCUCGGCGGCGAGGACUUCGACGCGGCCUUGGUGGAGCACGUCGUCAUGCAGUACGCGCGGAAGCGCGCGGGCACGAACCUCCGCAAGUCGUCCAAGGCCAUGCGCCGCCUCGCGGCCGCCUGCGAGGUCGCGAAGCGCGAGCUGUCGAGCGCGGACGACGCCGUCGUCGACGCGCCGUCGAUCCUCCCGGACGUCGACCUCUGCGUCAAGGUCACGCGCCAGGCCUUCGAGGGCCUCUGCGGCCACCUCUUCGAGUCCUGCCUGCGCACGGUCGAGUCCGUCGUCCGCGACGCGCAGUGCGAGCUCUCGCAGAUCACGGAGAUCGUCCUCGUCGGCGGGUCGACGCGCGUGCCCCGGCUCCAGGAGGCGCUCUACCAGCUCUUCGACGAGAAGUUGGAGUUGUGCAAGUCCGUGCACCCCGACGAGGCCGUCGCCGUCGGCGCGGCGGUCCAGGGCGCGAUCCUCCGCGCGGGCAUGACGCACGGCGGCGAGGAUUUGGCGCCCGAGGGCUGCAAGGACCUCGUGCUCCUCGACGUGACGCCCCUGUCGUUGGGCAUCGAGCUCGAGGGCGGCGUCAUGUCGACGCUCAUCAAGCGGUCGACGCCCAUCCCCUGCGCGAAGACGCGCGAGUACACGACGUGCGACGACUACCAGACGGCCAUCGACGUCGCCGUCUACGAGGGCGAGCGCCCGGCCGUGUCCGCCAACAACAAGCUCGGCGAGUUCAAGAUCGACGGCAUCGAGCGCGCGCGCAAGGGCGAGCCCAAGGUCGAGGUCACCUUCGCGCUCGACGCGAACGGCAUCCUCGCGGUCAGCGCGCGCGACAAGGUCACGGGCGCGUCCGCGUCCACCCAGAUCAAGGCGGACCGCGGCCGCCUCGAGGAGGAGGACAUCCAGCGCAUGAUCGAGGACGCCAAGAAGUACCGCGAGGACGACGCGGCCUUCGCGGACAAGGCCGGGCUCCGCAACGCGCUCGAGGAGGCCGCCUUCGCCGCCAAGGCCGCCUGCAAGGACGACGCCAAGAAGGCGACGCUCGAGAACAUGCUCGAGUGGCUCGAUUCGCCGGGCCGCGCGGAGCGGAGCGCGGCGGCCGCCGGGCCGCCCCGGGCGGCCGCCGACGCGCCCCGGGCGGCCGCGGCCCCGCGGCGCACGCCGGCGGCGGCCCGGCGCGCCCUGGCGCGCGACGACGACUUCGACGCCCACGCCGCCAAGGGGAGCCUCGCGGGGCCGGGCUAA